AUGUCCUCAGGAACUCUCUUCGUCAAAGACUCCCGCACCCUGCUGCAGUAUGAAAUCCCCAUUCGCAAAAACGCAAUUCUCGCCACCGAUUUCAAGGUAAUCAAAGCUCCCAGUGCUGGCACAGACCGCGCGGACAGUGUUGCUGGUGGACUUCGAAUCCACGACCCAGGACUGCAAAACACCACCGUGUUGGAGAGCGCCAUCAGUUUCUCGGACCAUGAGAGAAACAUGCUUCUCUUCCGCGGAUAUAGCUUGGAGCAGCUAUGGGAAUGUGAUUUUGAAGACAUGCUGUAUCUCCUCGUCUGGGGCACGCUCCCCAACGCGUCGCAGCGGCGGGCGUUGAGUUACAAACUGGCCCAGCAGAUGUUGGCCGUGCCUGACUGCGUCCAGAAGGCUAUUUCUACUCUACCGAAAACAACAUCGCCCUUACCACUCAUGAUAACCGGUCUGGCUGCGUACCUGGCGAGUGUACCCGAGUCCAUUCCAUCCGCCACUCGUCCGGAUAUAUAUCAGACAGAUACCCAAAAGGCAGACCAGGUCGUCCUUUCCACGGUAGCCGCGUAUGCUGUCGUGUUCGGCCUGGUCUCAUGCCAUCGAAGAUCCGCCCCGUUUGCCCCUGCGUCGCUGCAAAACACAUACCUUGAGAAUCUUUUCACGAUGGCUUCUCUAAUCUCACCGUCUAGCAAGCGCCCGGAUCCCCUCAAACUCUCGUGCUUCCGGCGUUUCGCGCUGCUGAACGCCGAGCAUGGAAUGGCCCUCUCGGUGUUUUCUGCGCUGGUGACGGCCUCCUCGCUGACGGAUCCGCUCUCGUGUGUGAUUUCUGCUCUCGCCGCCGCGUACGGACCGCUCCAUUUCGGGGCGACGGAGACCGCGCAACGUGCCCUGCGGGAAAUCAGCUGUCCGGAGGAUAUAGGCCCUUUCAUCGCGCAGGUCAAGUCUGGGAAAAGGAAACUCUUCGGCUACGGCCACCGGUCUUAUAAGGGGGUAGAUCCGCGGCUACGAUUCAUCAAGUCCAUCCUAGAAGAUCUAGAGCUGGACACGUCCUCGAAGCAGAUGCUGGAGGUUUCCCAGGAGAUUGAGCGGCUGGCCUCAACCGACGACUGGUUCCACAGCAGAGCUUUGUAUCCCAACGCAGACUUUUACGGGCAGUUUGUUUUUGCCGGGGUGGGCGUCGAUGCCGAAAUGAUUCCUGCGGCGAUGAUGGCGCAGCGCAUCAUGGGCGUCAUGGCCCAUUGGAGGGAAUACACCUUGUCUCGCGGCAAGUUGUUUCGGCCCUCGCAUAUUUACACAGGCAGUGCAGAUCCAAUUGGAAAAGUCGCGAAGAUUCCAUCAACAUCAAGGUUUCUGAAUGAACGUGCCAUUCCAUAUUUCACUUUAUGCUACAAGAUGAUCGAGCCUCAAGCUACUGCAUCUACUCCCCUUCUACCCAAGUACUCUGUAUUCAGCAAUUGCCAGAAGCGCUGGAUCAUCCUCACCGCAGCGCUGGCAUCUAGCUUCUCUCCAUUCUCUGCCAACAUCUACUAUCCGUCUCUAAACUCCAUCGCCAAAGACCUACAUGUUUCGACGGCACAAAUCAACCUGACAAUUACUUCAUAUAUGAUCUGCCAAGGUCUGGCCCCGACCUUCAUGGGCUCCCUAGCCGACCAAGCCGGCCGACGACCAGCCUACGUGCUCUGCUUCUCCAUCUAUAUCUGCGGGAAUCUUGCUCUAGCACUGCAACGCAGCUAUCCCGCUCUGUUGGCUCUGCGGGCUGUGCAGAGCUGCGGCAGCAGCGGAACGGUUGCACUCGCUUCAGCGGUUGCAGCGGACAUCAUCACCUCCGCCGAACGGGGGACGUACAUGGGGCUCGCAUCGUUGGGUAACAUCCUCGCGCCGUCGCUGGGACCUAUUCUUGGGGGUCUUCUGAGCCAGUAUCUCGGGUGGCAGGCUGUGUUUUGGUUCCUUGCUAUCGCGGCGUUUCUUUUUUUCGUGCCCCUACUCCUGUUUUUCCCGGAGACGUGCCGGGCUAUCGUGGGGGAUGGAUCGAGGCUGGCGCCGUGGUGGAACCGGACCUUGUUAGAUUGUAUAAGAGAUAGGAGGCUACAUGGAGAAUGGGAAGAAGAGCAUACCAGCAACAGCAAUAGUGAACCGCACAAAAUCCAGAUCCCCAACCCGCUUACCACACUCCGUCUCCUCUUCCACUUGCCGACGGGGUUGAUCCUCAUCGCCAACGGAAUCAUCUUCGCCAGCUACUACGCCGUCACGGCAGGGAUCCCCUCCCGAUUCAAGGCCCUCUACGAUUUGACCGACAUGCAGAUUGGGUUCAGCUUCAUCCCGCUGGGCGUCGGGUCGUUGACCUCCACCCUGCUGAAUGGGUCUCUGAUCGACUGGAACUAUCGGCGUCUCCGUCUCCAAGCCGGGCUGCCAGUAGUAUCCCAAGACCGGAAGCAGGACGCCGAUCUCAUCGCUGGGUUCGCGAUCGAGCGUGCCAGGCUGCAGAUCGGAUUGCCUAUGACGCUGCUUGCUGCGGUGGCUGUGGCAGGGUACGGGGUCCUCAUGGAGAGGUCACCGCCUCUCUUCCUGGCUCUGGGGAUUGUCUUUGUAAUCUCCUGUUGCAUCACGGCGGCGUAUAACGUCCUGAACGUGCUGAUCGUGGAUCUGCAUUAUGAGACACCCGCAACGGCAAUGGCGACGAAUAACCUCGUCCGCUGCUUUUUGGGAGCUGGCGCCACGGCCGCUAUAGCACCCAUGAUUCACAGAUGGGGGGAUAUGAGGACGUACUGUCUUGUGGCCGGGAUGCUGGCCAUGGCCAGUCCACUGUUGAUAGCCGUUUAUCUCUGCGGGGUGGGCUGGAGGCGACAGGGGUGA